AUGUUCAAAUCCUUCCGUGCUGCAUCUGCUCUCGCCACUCGUGCCUCCAUGGCCGCUCGUGCACCUACCCAACAGCAACAAAAGCGUUUCCUCAACAUCCACGAAUACAUGUCUGUCGACCUUAUGCGCAAGUAUGGUAUCAAUGCACCCCGCGGUCAAGUUGCCAAGACUCCUGAAGAGGCCUAUGAGAUUGCUAAGCGUCUUGGUUCCGAUGACUUGGUGAUCAAGGCUCAAGUGCUUGCUGGUGGUCGUGGCAAGGGUACUUUCAGCAAUGGCUACAAGGGCGGUGUCAAGACCUUCUCCACUCCUGAAGAAGCCAAGGCUCUUGCUGAUAAGAUGCUUGGCCAAAAGUUGAUCACCAAGCAAACUGGUGCUGCUGGCAAGCCCUGUAACGCCGUCUACAUUUGUGAACGCAAGUAUGCUCGCAACGAAUACUACUUUGCCAUCUUGAUGGAUCGCAAGGCCGCUGGUCCUGUUGUUGUUGCUUCUUCCGAAGGUGGUGUGGAUAUUGAAACUGUGGCCAAGGAGAACCCUGAUGCUAUUGUCACCAUGCCUGUUGAUAUCAAGACUGGUCUCACCAAGGAGCAGGCUACCGAGCUCGCAACUCGUGUUGGAUUCAGCCCUGUUGCCAUUGAUAAGGCUGCCGAUACUUUUAUGAACUUGUACAAGCUGUUUAUCGAGAAGGAUGCGACACAAGUGGAGGUCAACCCAUUAACGGAGGAUUCUGCCCAUCAAGUUUUGUGCAUGGAUGCCAAGCUCAACUUUGACGAUAACGCCGACUUUAGACAAAAGGAUGUCUUCGAGCUUCGUGAUUUCUCCCAAGAAGAUUCUCGUGAGACCGCUGCUGCCAAGUACCACCUUAAUUACAUUGGCUUGGAUGGCCAAAUCGGCUGCUUGGUCAACGGUGCCGGUCUUGCUAUGGCUACCAUGGACAUUAUCCAAUUGCACGGUGGUAAGCCUGCCAACUUUUUGGAUGUUGGUGGUGCCGCUACCCCUGAAGCCGUCAAGGCCGCUUUCGAGAUCAUCACCUCCGAUCCCCAAGUCACCUCUGCUUUCGUCAACAUCUUUGGUGGUAUCAUGCGUUGCGACAUCAUUGCACAGGGUAUCAUUGCCGCUGCCAAGGACCUUGACUUGAAGAUUCCUCUCGUUGUCCGUUUGCAAGGUACCAAGGUUGAGGAGGCCAAGAAGUUGAUUGCCGAAUCUGGUCUCAAGAUCUACGCCAACGAUGACUUGGAUGUUGCUGCUCAAAAGGUUGUCAAGUUCUCUGAUAUUGUCAAGACCGCCAGAGAUGCCGACAUUCCUAUCACCUUCAACUAA